AUGGGAAGCCCUCUUAUUGUCGCUCCUCGCAAUGCUGCUGAUACAAUGUUGUUAAAGAGUCUUCUUGAUUUUGGUGCCAACGUCAAUUCAAGAGGCUCUGAUGGCCAGACGGCAUUAAUACAUGCCUCCUGGGCGGAUAAUUCCAGCACUGCCAUGCUCCUGCUUGACUACGGUGCAGAUAUCAAUGCACUCUCUGACACGAGUUCAAGCCCGUUGACAACUGCUAUUACCUACAACAGCCACAAUGUCCUCUGGCUGAUCCUUGAUAGAUGGCACGAAUAUACUUCGUGUUCACGCCUUGAAGGCCCCAAUAUUCUUCAACUUGUCGCUGCCUACGCAGACAUUAAAACGAUCACAAUCUUGGCAUCAGCAGAGCAUUUCAGACUAAAGUAUGACAAGCACUAUGCUUUAGGAGCUUUCAGAGAUCGGCUUCUUCAGCGAUGUGACAUCAAUGAAAAGUUAAUCUCUGCGUUCGAUAAUUUACUGGAUGUAAUUAGUCACAUCCCCGACGUAAGAGAAAGCCCUGAGAGCAAUUUGGAAGCUGGUUUCCAUUCACAAUCACCGUUACCUGUUCAACUUGAGGUUUACAUACCAUUUCAGUCUCUCACUCGGGUUUUUGUACGAUGCUUUGAGGCCCGUGACGCUCGUUGUGGUGAUUCAGAUACACAGUCCUUGGACGAUGACGUUUCUAAUGAUAGCUUCAAAGAUGUCUUUGAGGAACACCAGCCCUGA